UAGAAUUGGGUUUUCAAAAUAGGGUUUUAAAUUGAAUUAUCAAUUGAAUUGGCUCCUCUUCUACUCUGGAUAUGCUCGAUUCGGUUGACUGCGCUUGUUAUGCUGCCAUAUACUGUACUGCCAUCAUUCUUGCUCCCUCCUGGGGCACUUAAAGGGUAAGGCACCCCUUUAUUCCGCUUCCUUGCACCUACCACACCACCACCACCACCACCCCUUCCUGUGCACAUCCCUGCAACGCCAUGCCUUCGUGUGCCUCUCUGCAACUGAUGAGAGAUUGAGAGGCACAGAAAAAAAGACUGAGAAGCAUCACUUCCCAUCUCCCGCUCAUUUGCUUAGACAGGAUUCCUUAUGUAAUGUGGAUUAUUUUUACACAGCGAUGACUUGAAAGGAUGUCGCGGAUGCACCACCGGCAAUGCCAAGGCAGCGCAUCUGCUCGUCACAAGACGCGCACGUUUUGAAAGAUCUCUGCCGCCGUGGCUGAGCGACGAGGAUGCAGUUCUGCAGGAAGGUGCUCUGCAAGCCUUGUAGUGCCAGAGUCACUUCACCGGAAGAGGACAUGGAAUACAGGAUGGGAGGUUGCAUCGGAAUUUCACCAAGACAGCCAGAAGAGGGCGCUCGUGAACAUGUUGUUCUGGUUCCACCCCAAGAAAAUCACACCGAACCCUUGCAGACUGAAGCCCAGAAGAACGCUGGUGUGUUGUUGACUCAGGCAUCCACUAGCCAGCAGAGUUUGCUCUCCCAGCCAGUGCUCCUAGAUGUCCCAGUCAUCUCCGGUGUAGAGGAGAGCAGAGGUACGUCAGAAGCCCCUGAAGACAAGGAGGAACUGGAGUUUCCCCAUGACCUACUGCCCAGUCUCGAUUUUACCAGUGACCUUAACAUCUGGGAGUCCUCACUAGGGCUUCAGAGUAGCACAGCAGAAGGGUCAUGUGAGCAGGUAAACCCCCUGCUGGCUGGCUUGCAACAUCACAUGGAAGUCAGUCAUCCUCUGGUAGUUCUAGAUGGCAGGCCUCACGGCGCCGACCCACUCCUCGCAGAUGCCCCGCUGUCACCUCAACCACUUGCCACACCUCAUCCAGUUGGCCAAUACUUGACCCCUCCUUCGCGUGUGCUUCUCGACCAGGAGCUCCUGGCGGCCUUUCAGGAAUGCGAGGAACAAAUGGCCUCGCUGAGCGUUUCUCAUCUCAAAGAGCCCAUCAGCACCAAGCAUGAAAAAGUUGACGAAGAGGAUCGGAAACCUGGACCGGCCACAGUUACAAAGUGUGAUGAGUCAUCAUCACUGCCUCAUGUGGCGGACCGGUCUGGACAUGGUAACAGCAAGCUCAUAAACAAAAGUACACAUGGAAACAGUGAGACGGGGAGCAGCCAGAUGGAUACAGUUGUGUUUAGUUUCAGGGACUACAUACUUGGAAGAGAAAAUCCUGCGCCAGAAGAAAUAACAAAGGAGGCAGAGCAGAAUCAAACAGGUCCUGAUUCACAUUCAGAAAAGUCGCUAUUCGAGCAAAUGGCUGAAGGUGCCAUCCUGAAUGAAGCAAAUGUUGAUUGUAACGCGGCCACUGGAGAUAUUAGCACACAGGAUUGUAAUAGGGACAAUGUGGAGGAAGACAUUGAUCGAAAUGAAGUCGUCGACUUAAAAAUUGGAAAUCAGAUUCCUACUUCCACUAUAAAUCCAAGUCACACUGAUGCAAAUUACUCUGUUCACGAAUUUUCAGAGUCUAAAAGUCAUUAUUCUGAAAAGCAAGAUGUACUGGAAGACGACGCACAAAUGGUUUCUGCAAGCAGCGAACAGUGUGAGCCUGCGCAGAACAGAAGGAUGAAAAAGAGAGACAAAAAGAAGCACAAGAAAAAGAAAAGGGUGGAGAUGAACAACGAAACCAAAGUGGAGGACAGGAUGGCAGCAGAAGCAGAAAAGGAAUUACAGUCUGUCUCAUUCAUAAAUACAGGCAAUCACUGUCGGCCAGAGCCAAAUGCGUCUUCAGUGUCAGACAGAGAGACUAUGAUGUGUGGAGCGCAGCUUAAUGACGGCUUUUGUCGCAAGGGAACGCCAAGCCCCUCCCACUCAUCUCAUAGCCAGCAGGGUCAUUUUAUCGACUUGGCCUGUUCUACAUUCAGUCUUGUUUCUUCACAUGCUAAUCAGUCUGAUGACAUAAAUGUAACAGAUGCUCAGUGUGGAAAAAAUAACAAGACUGGCAACAAUCCACAGAGGACACAACAUACAACUGCAAGUCUCAUCAAUAAGCAAAGGAUAACACAUGUUCAAACUACCGCUGAUGUUCUCGAUAAGGCUUCAGAAUAUCAAUCACGAGAGGAUAAUGUUUCCACUGAAGCACAGAUACACAAACUGGAGAGCUCAUUUUGCAGCAUCCCGGCAUGUGUGGGAGAGAGUUGUGUGGAGAGGGCCAUUGAAGAUGCUUUCGUGGAGGUUGCUGCGUUGCCACUAACAACACCCACGAUGCGAGAAGUGAUAAAAAGUGAGGGAGAACGCGUGAGCUGUGAUUCAUGGGAGGGAGUAGCUACCAAAGCUAUCGCAGGCAUCGGGAAGGGAGAGCCAGGAAGGCAGCCGGAGGGAAACGGAGAGAAGAAGAGCCUCUUGGAUACUAGCAUCCAGCUUUCAUCUGUCUGUUGUACACCUCGUUUCCCAAACGAACUGAGACGGGCUGUUAGCGAGGAAAGCUGCGACAGCAGAAUGCCACACGCUUCGGCUGAGAGUUGUUCAAAAGGAGAGAAGGAGACGAGCAGUGCAGAGGCAGCGAUCUCUCCAGCAGGAGAGGGCGAUAGAGAAAAGGAGCCGCUGUGUUUUGAAGAAAAUGUUCAUAAUUUUCCCCAUGGGAUACUUGCUACUGGUGAUCAUCUGAGUGAUUGUACUGCAGGACUGGAGGGAGGAGGAGUGGCUGAGUGCAGUUCAUUCAGCCUUCCAGAGGGGGCUGCUAGAGGGGUGUCGGUAGCUGAAAAAAAGCCGUGUCCAGCCGCUGAUGUUGCAGAGUCAUGUGUGAAGUCACCGAGCAGCGGUGGCACGAUCACAGACAGCCCUUGCACUAAGGAGGACCUCACUGCAGCAUUUUCACCUUUGCCACCUCAAAGCGAACAAAGCAAUGCAGAAAGUGGAGUCAGCACCCAGCACAAUUUGAAGUCUGAGGAGCCACUGUGUUCAGGAACCACUUGUGAGGUGGCUGCGAUCACGGAAACCUCACUCGCUACCACCAGCGACAAUCAACAGGUCCAAUCUGAAACAGGCACACCCAAAUCCACUGCUACUAAGAGAGAAGUCAACAUUCAAGAGCCAACUCAGACUACUAACAGCACUGUGGGUAAGUCAUUACAUGACCAAAUUGGAGGCUGCAACAGAGUUCGCUUUGUGGACAGUGUGAAAGAAGACCAUAGUGUCACUAGAGAGGUGAGAAACAUGCCAAUGCCGGCUUCGGGAUGUGCUUCAUUGCCUCCGUUGACGGUACAUGAGAGUUUGUACCAUCCUGUUGUUGAGGCCAGCUAUAUUUACCCAGACUUCCUCAGCUUAAAGAAGCCGGAAACCAGCAGUGACAUAUCUUUUACCAAGGAUGAAGCCGUGUUUCAGAUUGCCACACCAAUGUCAGAGAAUGGCGUUCUUGUGGGUACACAAGAUACAUUCAAGAAUGCUGAGAGCGAUCUGUCCGGUGAAGACAGAAAAAGACCAACCGAGAAAAAUUUUAGUCAUGCAGAACAUGGUGACUGUGUUGAAACCGCCAGAAUUCCCACAGGUGCUGAUACAGAAUCAGCAAAAAGUGCCGAAGAGCCUAGAGAACUCACUGAGAAUGAAUUAAAUAAAGCAACAAAGGAGUCAUCAGAACAAAGUGAUUGGACAACAAAGCACCUCAAAAGAGCAAAGUCAACUGGUGAACAACCAUGCGAAAAAACGGAUCAGAUGUUAACAAAGCAGCAAGAAGUUGUGAUAGAAAAGGCCAUUGACGUUUUGUGUCUAACGCCAAAAGAAUUUAACACACCUGAGAUCAAAAUGGAUAGCAAAGAACCAAUUCAAUCUGACAACCCAGAGGAGCUACUAAGUGAUGUAUUUGUGGUCAAAGAAAGAGAAAGUUCUGUCAGUAAUGCUACCUCGAAGAUAAUAGGAGAUGUCUUGACUAAGUCUCCCGAUAGACAACUUCCCAGUGAUCUUGAUUCCAUCGCUAAUUCUGAAACUGGGAUGUUAGCCUGCUCGAUCUCUCCUCAGACAAAACUCAGACAUCUCAGCUGUCAGCCUGUUGCUGAGUUUGAUCAACACGCUCAUGCACUAGUUAGCACAGAGCCGGUUGACUCGAGGCAGGACUUGAAGUCUGUGACUCCCGUUGGCCUCAGAAAGGGUGGGUCAGUAGUUUCAGGGGCGAUGGCCACUGAGCAGUCCAUUUCUGUUUGUGAGCAAAAUGCCAGUCAUUCUACGUCAAUGCUGCAACCGAGAGGCCUUUUGUUAAGUAAUUUGGACGUGGUUGAUGAAUUUGAGGUUGCUUUUUCUGAAGGAAUUGGUAAAGACAAUGCUAACUGUGACAGUACUGAGACACAUCUGUCUUUCGUAGACGAUCAGGAACGUGAAGAAGCUAAUGAUGAAGUAGCAAGAAUGUGUUUGAUACAAGAGGGUAGAAAUGAUACAGAGUGUAUCACCACUCUGCCAUCUGACUCCAAAGUGACACCUUUGGAAGAGGAAAAACAACAUCCAGAGUGUGUACUGGGAAAUGAUACCUCUCAUGAUGUGACUCAUGCAACACCCAACGUCAUUAUUGACAUUUGCCCACUCAGCUCUAACAAGCCCAAUGGGACGUGUGAUAACACUGAGCUAUGUGGCCUCAAGGAGAAACAGAACAUGAGUGACAAAACGUCCGUGUCACUCAAAUGCAAAACCGAGGAGCUCAAUAAUCAAAAGGAAACAGUAGAUGGUGGCAAACUGCCCAUAGGAAAUAUGACACCACAACAGAAUGAAGACUCAGAUAAAGACGCUAAAGAGGGAACUGGAGACCUGUCACAGUCACAUAAAUUCGACAUCCAAAGUACGGAACCAAAUAUUGUGGAUCAUUUGAAAUCAGAAAUACAAAGUGAACUUCAUGAUGUUUUCGACCAGUAUUUGCCCCAAAUUUUGGCAGAAACAGUGGAGCACCAGGACAACAGAGACACAGCAACCGAUUUUAGUUCAAACCCUGAACUGAACAGUUUGGCUCGGCAACAGGAGCAACCGCAGCAAGAUUUGCUAUCCAAGUAUUCCACAGAUGGAUGGCCAGGUGGUUGCGUGGAGGCAUUUGAAGAGGGAGCAAAGACUAACAGCCGAGUCAAAGCGAUCCAAGCACCGUUUUCUGAGGUAACAGAGGUGGUAGGAAGAGACUGGGGAUCCUUUGAGAAAUCCGAAAGCCAGGGUGAGUUGUCAAGAGAUGACGGCGGUAUUACUGAACAAGCAGUUGGUGUAGAGAAAGUUGAAAUGAAGGAAUCGCAAGUGAGUGUCUGUGAUUUAACUGAUAGCAGACACUCAACUGGACAAAAUAUUUUAGAGCAAGCAAAAAAGGCUCACGUGGACAAGUUUGGGCAUGAUAUGAGUCAUGAUACGUGUGGUUUGGCAGAGGAGGGCUCAGGAACAGAUUUAAUGCAUGACAAGGAACUUCGGAAUAGUAUGGAGAGUCAAGGUAAGACAGAAAGCAAACAUUCAGAUUUAUUUGAAGAGCUACAAGGAAAUGAUUUCGGGUUACGAGGCAACACUGUUUCUGCCGAGCCUUUUUUAGCUGAUCUUGAUAUUUCACCUUUGGGAUUGUCCGUUUCGGAAAAAGAAAGCACCCGUAGUAAUGAGUAUGAUACAGCUGUUAGUCCGAGUGAAACUGAGAAGUAUAAAAUCCCAGAUAGAAUAUGUAAGUCUCUUGAGUCGCAGUGCUCCAAUAUAAGCUCAGCCCCACAAAAUGCUUCAGUAGCACAAACGCCCAUAAAAGGACCGCAUGUAGACGAGACUGCAGGGAGAAAUAAAGUAGCUGUAGAUGAAGAAAUUGCAGAUUUCUCAAUGCAGGGAACAAGUGAGGUUAAAGUAGAAGACGAUAAGGCCACAAAAAAGAAUGGACCUCGAGUAACAGUUGUUGCUCAAGAUAACGAGCCGUCAUCUGCUAACGUCUCAAACCACGCUUGUCACCAUGAUUGCAACUUCAGUCAGACAAUGGAUCAUGACGACGACCCAACUCGUAAUCCACAACCCAACGUCGCCAAAGACACACCCAGUGUUCCAUCAAAGACACAAGAUGAUGAUCCAAUGCUCUCUCAGGCAGCGUUUCCCCAAAGUGAGAAACUUCCCAAUCUCAUCUCCUUGCCAACGCCACUGGCUGAUGACGUGGUGCACCCUCUCGCCUGUGACUCUGAUUUUGAACAUGCCCGCACGGACACAGAAGCAUCCCAUAUGUCAGACAAUUCUGCUGGACUCACGACGCAAGAACCAGACCCAAACUGGAUCACGGCUCUCAGAGAAGCUGCUUCCGAUGCGCAGACUGAACAAGAGAGCGCAGAAAUCCCAAGAGCCCUCCCAUCUCUGGAGUCUCCUCAGCAAGAGUUUCUCACUCCUACUGAGGCCGGAGCUAUUCCUCUGGGGCCAGAGAAGAUCCCUCAGGAGCAAACAGACACCACAACGUCACAUCCUGAACUGGAUCUUGCAGGACAGCUAGAAGAGGCCCAAAAGGUGACAGAAAUUGUCAAAAAAGAAGAAGAUCAUAUCGAAGAGUAUUCGAUAAGUAGGGCAGAAAUAUCAGCGGAUCAAACUGAACUCUCAAAACCAGCAAAGAUCCCAGGUGAGCUCGUGGAACUCGACAAGAGUAAACUGGAGAAAGAAUCUUUGGAAAAAAGUCCAAAAAUAACAGAACACCUCGAACCAAACAAGCCAAUCGGUGAACAUCCAGAAGAGAAAUCUAAAAACCCUGCCGAGGAAAGCACAGAAGCGGCCCUUGAUCCUACGUUGGUGCUACAGAAAAUUGGACCCCCCCUCACUGAACAACCAGAGAGGAGCGCUGCCUUGCCCAUAAGUUCUCCCAGACACCUCCCGACUGCUCCCCUUCCCGAGCUCCCCACUCCUUCACCUGCAUCUCCUUCACCAGAGAAGACACCACCUGCAUCUCCCCACCAAUUUCCUCUUCCUCCGGCUCCUGCCUCCCCCUUGGCACCUUCUAGUUACCAGAGUGACAACCCCUGCCCAACCUCUGCAUCUUGCCGCCUCCUUCCAAGGAGCUCUGACUCGGAUGGAGCAUUCGAGACUCCUGAAUCGACAACACCAGUGAAGGCUCCCGCAGAUCCACAGAACCAAUUAAUACCCACUGAUGACAAAGGAGAAGAUACCUCCGUGAGAGCUCUCUCAUCUGACGCGAUUUCUGAGCCUCUUGCAAUAGUUUUCGAUGAGGACAGGCCAAUUGCUGCCAGUGGCACGUACAACAUCGAACAUUUUGCCUCCGAGACAAUAAGUCAACCACUUACUCGUUCUCUCAGCCUCCAGGGUGGAGAACUUGACACUUCGGGCUUGGAUGGAUCGGCAACACAAGGCUUCCGCCCUCAUUCGGAAUCCUUCAGCGUAGGCACAGAUAGCAAUCCGGGGACAUUACGCAAGCCCAGGAAAGUCCGCCCUGCAUCUGUAAAGAAGAAGCCUCUCCUGAGGCAGAACUCUAACCCAGAGAAGCCAAGUUCUACAAUUAGCACCCCAGAGAUCAUUAAGCGAGCAAAGCAUCAAACUGUGACUCCGGAGGGAAAAGAAAGCCGAAGUCCUGCAGAAGGUGGAAGUCCUGCAGGAACCCUCAGAAAGACGAGAACAACCCGUGUGGACACUCCACCUCCCCUACCAGAAGAAAACACUCAUAUAGAACCAGAGCCCAGCCUCACUGGCCCUGCCUUACACUUGUGCCGGGAGGAGAACCGUCUUCCAGCUAGUCCUCCUGUCACAGAAAACCUCUCCAACCCUCCCAGUGGCUCCUACAAAUGGGAUCCAGAGAACUUUGAGAGCAUAGACCCAUUCAAGACUGGUGGGAGUAAGAUUGCCAACUCUCCUGUUCUUGGCCGGAAAGGUCUUGCAUGCGCCCCCAUUGUUUCCCCGCCAGAGAGUCCCCCUAUCCCUGCUGUCAGUCAGCUUCCUCAUCCAGCUUCUGCAGAGGCACCAGUUACCAAGCCAGAAGAGCAACCUCUUCUACCGAAGCGGGAGUCUGUGAGGCUGGAGUUUGAUUACUCAGAAGAGAAUAGUGAGGCAUCACACGGAGCGUCUCCCCCACUAAAGAAACCGGGCAAAAAACCUGGUGCCAAGAUGCCCCUGAGGAAACCAAAGUCUGGGUUAAAGAAGGCCCACCCGGGACAGACCGAGCAGCUGGACAAUAACCUUCCAGCAGAACACAAUGGGAACGAAGAGGAAAAGCCCAUUUCCAGAGGUUCUUAUGACUUUGAGUCAAAUAAAUGGGACGAUCCAAAUUUCAAUCCAUUUUUGACCAAGACAGCCGUAGCCAACUCUCCGAAAGCAUCUGGGCCUAACUACAGUUUUGAUUUUGACGACUCCAUAGUCGACCCUUUUAAGUCCUCCAACAAGAUGGCAACCUCACCCCCGAAGGCCUCGGCCUCCUUCGAGAUGUCAUCAAAUGAUGACAUGGAAAAUGAUAACGACAAUAUCGGGGAGCUGGAAGAUCAAAAUCAGAACAAACCGGCCAAAAAGAAGAAAACUCCUAUCAAAUCGAGGUCCAGAGGUGUGCCCACACUCUGUUGUUUGUUCAACACUUUUAGAGUAAAGCGGUCACCAAAGAAAUCACAGUUGUCCGACAAUGCACAGGAUGCAGAUGACCCCGCCCCCCUUCCUCCACAGGACGGCCACGCCACGGACGAGGAGAAGCUGGCCUCCUCCACCAAUCACAAGUGGGCAGGCUUGCACGACGUCGAUGCAGACUUGAACUCUGACCAGCAGGACUUUCCUCACCCAUCGGAUCUGACAUCCUUUGUCAAUGAGAGUGGUCUUCAGUCUUCAGUGCAAGACUAUGAAAUAGAGUACAUAGAGAAAAUUGGCUCUUCCUCAUCUCCACCGUCUGUGAAGAAGCCAUCACUAUACCUAAAGUUGGAUUCGCUAUCAAACACCGCAACCAAGGAUACACAUGGAUCGGAGCCCAACUCCCCAUGCACAGGGAGUUUUGAGGAAAUGGAGGCUCAGAUAACAGCCAGCAUGAAGACUCCCGUCCUAAAUUCCCGGCCAGGUCCCGAAGGCUGCGCUGGAGAAAAGGGCAGGAAAAGAGAAAGCGAAGUGCUCAGUCGAACACAAAGCACAGAGAGGGAUGAGCAGCUCAAUAGCCAAGAGGUCCCUUCUUCAGCCCUGACCAUGUCCCUGUUAGAAAGACUGUCUGAGUGUGACCAUCCAGUGCAGUACCUGGAGCCCGACCUCGCUGAGACCAACCCUAAUGCAUUCGCCCAAAAACUCCAGGAGGAGCUGGUGCUUGCUGCCCUGCGGAUAGAGGCUCUGCAAGUAGCCAAAAACAUCUCUCAGUGCCCCUCCCUCUCCACUGUAACCCCCCAGCACAGAGAUGUGUCGUCACCAUCGGAGAGUUCCGUAUCCAAGAACAUGCUGUACGCCCGCACCGCCAACAACUACAUCGAUGGAGAGAGUCCACAUCUUCCCAAAGAUCUGGACCACUCGCUGGGAAUCGCAAAAGAGGAGAUUGUAACAAAAGAGAGGGAGGCGCUGGAGUGGCAGAGGAAAUACGAAGACAGCCGUCAGGAGGUGCAGGAGAUGAGGAGGAUUGUUUCUGAGUAUGAGAAGACGAUUGCACAGAUGAUCGGCAUGCCAGAAGAUGACCAGAAAGAGAAGUCUCUGUCCCACCACACCAUUCAACAGCUGAUCAUCGAAAAAGACCAGGCCUUAGCCGACCUCAACUCCGUAGAAAAAUCUCUGGCUGACCUCUUCCGACGAUAUGAGAAGAUGAAAGAUGUGCUCGAGGGUUUCCGCAAGAAUGAAGACGUGUUGAAGAAGUGCGCUCAAGAGUAUCUGUCCAGAGUCCGCAAAGAGGAACAGCGGUACCAAGCUCUGAAGAUUCAUGCAGAGGAAAAGCUAGACAGGGCCAAUGCAGAAAUAGCUCAAGUGAGGGCCAAGUCCAAGCAGGAGCAGGCUGCCCACCAAGCCAGUCUGAGGAAGGAGCAGAUGAAAGUGGACUCUCUGGAGCGCACGUUGGAGCAAAAGAACAAAGAGAUUGAGGAGCUCACGAAGAUUUGCGAUGAGCUAAUAGCCAAGAUGGGCAAGUGCUAGCACUCACACGUCGUUCUAGAUCAGUCAAACACAUCAAGCCUCGUUCACAUAUGAACGGACUAGUUGUGUUGGAGGGGAAAAAAAAUACUUGGAUAGACUCUUCAAGCCACACUGGUCCUACACUAAAUUUUCUACUGACAUCGUGUAUACAGGAUGCGCACAGAUGGCUUACUUUUCAUCACGCUGUAUAUUUUUGAUGUGUCACUGCAUUGUACUGUAUCAGGGGUCUUAGUUUGACGUUUUAGAAACUGCACCAUAUCAUUAAUUUCUAUAGCAGUGUGUGUAUGUGUUUUAUGUAUGCCCCGUGUGUGUGUGUGUGUGUGUGUGUGUGUGUGUGUACGCGCAUGUGCGAGCGAGCAUACGUUAAUGAGGAUUGCUUGUGGGUUUUAUCUUUAUGAUGUUGCCAUGACAGCCACUGAGGGAGAAGACUGUUUACCCACUCCUCUGAAUGGCUCCUCCUAAAAAAAAAGA